UUUUUGACGUUUUUGGAUAUUUUGAUUUUGACGUGUACACUGUCGCGUUUGCCUUAUUUACAACAAUUGUAAUUUACAUAAAUAAAAUCGUUUAUACACCAAAAUGUCCAGCGGUCAAUGGGAAGUUGUAGGUAAGAACAAGAAGUCUCAAAAUGGGAAAGUAAAAACAAUAAAAGAGGACGAAAAGAAGCCGACCCGUAAUGGACCGAAGCCUGAAGACGUUGCGCCACCGACUAAAUCGUAUUAUGCCGGCAUGGAGAUCGAUGACCCAAAAGCAAAUGGAAAGAAGGCCAGCAAAAACAAGAAGAAAGCUGAGCCUCCCAAGCCGAAGCCGCCAAAAACCAUUGAAGGAGCAUUUGAAGCUAUUGACGCAAUAGAGCUAGCAAAUAUCAUUACGAGCAACAAAAUCCGGUUCAGCAACGCACCCCUAGUCUGGCUGAAAGAAGUCGCCAAUUUCCUCAACUCCAAGACCCAAAUAGAAGUGGAAGACCCAACGUUUUCUACCCAAGACCCUUUGUAUCCUCUGUCGGUGUUGCCUGCAGAAAUAAAGAGUCCGUUGGAGACGGUGCUGAGUGAUGCGGGAAAGGCUAAUGCUCAGUUAUUCUUUGAUGUCACUCUCACCGCUUUAGCUAAUGAUAUGAGUAGAGGUCAACUAGUGAACGGCCACCGUCUCCUCCUCCAAAUGCUGGCGUUGGAAUACCCCGAGUUCUGUGUGGCGUCCCUCCAAAAAAGCGCGAGUCUCCGCAACUCAUACCAGAACCGACCGCCGAUUGGACUGUCCCUUCUUUGGGCGUUCGGGCAGGGAGGGUACAGCGACUUCUCAGUUGGUUUGAAAGCGUGGCAAGAACUAUUCCUUCCAAUAAUAGAGUUAAAGAAUUAUUCUAAGUACGUGGUAGGGUAUUUGAGCCAGUUGCUGGACAGGCACGCCAAGAUGGACGCCACAGUGAGCCAGGAGCAACUGUUGGCGAUGUUCGAUAUGGUGAACAGUAAGAAGGGCCUGUCUAAGGAUAUGUCAAGUGACCUUAUGAAGCAAUUAAGUAAAUAUAAGGAUAUAUACUUCAAUAAAAGCGGCGCGAAACUCCAAGUGACCUUCAAUCAGAUAAUAAAGAAACUGCCCAACCAGUACUUGAGCGGUUCGAACCUGGACCCUUACAACCGGGUGCUAGUGGAAAGUUUAGUAGACUGUUUGCAGCGGGACGAUUCUUGUAACGCUACGUGGAGGCAACUGUUCCAUCGUUGUCCUAAACAGUCUGCCACUCUACUAGAUUACAUAGAUUCUAAUUGGGCAGAAAUCAGUCCGAAGCUAAAGCAAAAAUCCUUGAAAAUGACAGUAACUCAGUAUAAAGAGAUUAGUGUUGAAACUUUGAAAGGAAAGAAAAAAGAUGAAACCGUUGUAAAGACCAAUAAAAUUUGCCAGGAUAUUCUAGACAGAAUGACGAGCACUAGGAGAUUCCCUUGGCUGUGGGCGAGCUUCAUCUUACUGUUGGGCAUCGCUGGACUGAUCGCCUAUGAUGUCUCCACGGUCAACGGAAACUUCCCGAAAAGCGCAACCGGCCGACUACUGAACGACCUAGGCAUCCUCGAGCAGAGCCAGCGGGCAUGGCAGAAGUCCCUCUCGGCCUCCGCUAGAGGCUACCUCUGGCUCGAAACCAACACACCCAUCUACUACGCCCAAGCGGUCGAAAUAGCCAAACCUUACGGACAACUUUCCAGAGACGCCUUCACAGUCGGUCUUAAGAAAGCUGGCAUACUCUAUGGAAACAUAAAAGACUAUGUUGUUGAGAAAACUCCAGUGGUAGUGGCCACUAUCGAGCAUUAUGUGCCCGGGUUGGUGGAUAGUGUGGUUGGCUAUACGACAACGGGGUAUGAAGUUGUGAAGAAGUAUUCGGUCGAGUACUACCAGUUUACUUCGGAGUAUUUGAAGACCAAAGUUUUUGUAGGCGAGUGGGCCCCCGAAGUGCUCCAGAACAAGACGCAGAGCGCCCUCAACGUGACCCGCUUCCACGUCUCCUCAUACUUCUACUGGCUGCGGACGCAGGUCGACGUCUACUCCGCGAUACCCUGAAGACUGCCGUGCGGUGCGCGUACUACCAUGUGCUGGAGGGUCUCGUAUUAAGUUCAUUCCUCAAUCCCUGUCAAUUGUUUGAAGGUCUAUAUAGUUUCAGAGUCCGUGAUAAUGUUUAAGGGACAGAUUAUAGUAUUUUUCAAACUCGUUGGGUACGCUGACAAGUGUCAUUUCAAUACAAUCUGCAAGUUUUUAGGUUAUAAAUUACAUAGAUAUGACACCUGUCAGUCUGUCACAUUACAAAAUACUAUAGUUAUUUGACAAUUGACAUCUGUCGAAUAGGAAAUGUUGGGCCCAAAAUACGCUGUGCGUUGUCUAUUUUAGUUCCUCCAACACGCACUUCGCACGUAGCAAUCAGUUUGUUUUUAAUUUUGUAUAAAUCAUCGAAGUAAAAAUGUUUUGGAAAGAUUCUGUGUCUAUGGACUUUGAGCUCAUAAAGCCGAGCCGAGACAGCCAUUAAGGCUGUCUCUUAUACCGCUCUCAAUGCAUUUAUUUUAAUUAAAAGUAAAAUUAAUGUUCAAUUUUUGGAAUUGUGUAAAAAACUUCUUAGGGUGGUAUACCACCUGUCUAAAUUCUUUGUCCAAUGUGCAUCACGUCUCACUCUCUCUUUAAGCACAAAUUUGAGACGCAAAUAUACAUUGGACUAAGAUAUUGGACAGAUUGAAUACCAUCCUGAUAAGACUUGCAAAAACAAUUUGAUUUAAAACGAAAUUUAAAUUUAAAUUUCAUUUUUCAUUUUUCUUCUUUGUAUUUAUUAACAUUUUAAAAGUGAGAUACGUGCACAAAUUAUCUUUAGGUUUCAAAUCAUUGAGCAACCCUUCAAUCACACAUGUUACAUUUAAUUUAUAAAAACUCCUCUACAAAUUUUAGACAUGGCAACAUUUUAAACCUUUAUAAAAAAAACAAUAGUUUUCGAAACGUUUGCAUCGAACAAAAACACCAUUUCAUUUAGAUGUUAUACUUAAAAAUCAUAUCUUUGAACCGCGUCCAUGACAUUUAAAUCAUAGUUGUAUGCAUUUGCUAGUAUUUUUGAUGAAAUCAAACAUUCCUAAUGCAUUUUUUUAAAUUAUUUUUCCAAUUUUAACACAAGUCGUUGAUUUUAAUGACUGAACUGAGUUUUAACUAAUCAUCGAAUUCGCAUAAUGUUGCAUACUUUUUCAAAUCUAUCAUUAAGAUUUGCCGAUGGAUUAUUGACCCUUUGAGCUCGAAAAACUCGAAUUAUUAUGUAUAUUAGUAGGUAUAUAUUUCGGAUAAAAUCUUGAAAGGUAAAUUCAUUUUUGGGACUACUUUACACUAGGUGAAGACACCUAGUGUGAACACGUCCAUAUUGUUUUGCGUAGUGUAUUUAUUAUACAUAACUGAUCACACAUAUGAUACUAAGGGCCGGUUGCACCAAACUGUUCGUAUCGUUAAAGAGUUCGCUAAAUUUUUAUGUAUGGAAAGUUUCAUAGUAAAGCGCCGGGGCGCGCCGGCUGACGUUGAUCAGUCUGUCAAAUGUUGUUGGUGCAACUGGUCCUUAAUAUCAAAGAGCUAAUGUAAUCUUUAGAUUUUAAAACCCUAGAGUGCUCGCACUUUGAGCACUUUGCCGCCCGUGACUAAAAGGUGAAUAUUUUAACACAGUGCAUUUCUCAAGCUUUUUUUAAAGCGUAAAACUAUAACAUAUGUUACUUUUUAGUUUUUGGUUUAUUUUAUUAAAAAGUCAUUACAAACUAAUUUGUCCAUUAUUAUAAACAAAAAAAACCAUGUUAAGUAUGGGCGGCAAAAUGCCCCCGCGCGAGCACUCGCGUUUCACAGAAAUGCGCGACUAUUCUAGGGUUAAAUAAGAUUUAUGUUAUGAGUUAAAUAAUUAAGGGUCGGUUGCACCAAACUGUUCGUAUCGUUAAAGAGUUCGCUAAAUUUUUAUGUAUGAAAGGUUUCAUAGUAAAGCGCCGGGGCGCGCCAGCUGACGUUGACCAGUCUGUCAAAUGUGGUUGGUGCAACUGGCCCUAAAUAUGUACCAAAUUGGCGGUCUAUGCAAGAUUUCUAAAUUUAUGACAGUUUGCUAGUACUAGUUUUAUAGUGGGUAUAUUUAUUUGUGUUGAUCGUGUGUUGAACAUAUACACUAGGGGAGCAUUUUGUGUGUCUCAAACUGUGGAUGUAAUAUGUAAUGAAUGUGCCGUUUACACUGAAACAUAUUUUUAUUUAUAUUCUCUAUAAAAAUCACCGCUGUAGAUCAGUUACUUGUUAUUUAGGUUGAGAUAUACUGAAUGUUUUUUCAAAACAAAGCGAAGGGUUGGCAGUGUAUUUAAGUAAAAUGGGUACUUGCCGAACAGCCUUAGGUACCACACCACACGGGAUUGUUAUGCCAUUUAGGGUUCUUGCUAAAUUGGAAAUUCUAUAGCGUAGUAUUGAACAACCAAUAUAGCUAGGACCCUAAAUAGCGGAGCGUGAUGGAACAUCAAAAAUUGUAUUCGAAUCAAUUUUCAGUUAUCCCCUUUGAAAAUGCCAACCUAGUUCUUUGAUAACACCCAUGGCCAAAAAACGUAACAUAAUGAAAUACUCUGAUAUCAAAAUAUUUUCUCUAAAACUUUUAACGUAGCUGCUGGGGCCAGACCACACUAGCGUCUUCUCAACUACGUCUAGUCAGCGCUAUGAUAUGGAUGUCGGCGGCCGAUCGUAAGAUCAGGCGUAUCGUGAAAUUCCUAGGCAUAUCGUGAAACGUGAAAAUCUUUGACUCGUUCCCUGAGUCGACGGGGCUCCUAUUUCUGGCCAGUUUGCCCUUCGCGCAUCUGAACCAACCUGACGAACCUAUCAUACAUAUAUAUUGGUUUAAAUGUGACUAUCCUCAAAACAAUACACAGGAACAUUACGAUCGGCCGCCGACAUGGAUAAGCCAACGUUGCGUUGAGCAGCAGCCAUAGAGUUGACUAGAGGCCAGACGGGGUGGCCGUUAAUCAACUUGUUUUGGGAACUUCAGUUUGGCCAUAGCCGCAUGAGUUAGUAUAAAUGUUGUGCUGUAUGAAAUUACUUUAAGGAGUCACAAUAAAAUAUUGUUAGUGAUUUUU